UCGGCGACGUUAGUAACAAGAGAUUCCAACUGCGUGAACGUUAGCUUUCAAUGAGGCCUACAAUGAAAGAGCGUACAGUCAUGGUCACACUAAUACUAGUUACGAGCCCGUCCAGAGGAUCAGCAGCCGAUGAGGUGGGAGCACCACAGAAAAAGGCGAGAAUAGAGAAGAGAAUGAAACUGAACAACAUUGGAACAGUUGAGAGAUAUUCGUGUCGGACACAUCGAGUUUAUAGGCAGAAAAAGAGCUCGCACAAUGGAGAAAAAAAAGAACGGGUGCCGAGCCGUGUAUAAUUUUCCGAGAACACUAGGAAUACUGUACGGCCAUAGGAAACCGAUGAAUUCCAUGCCUACUGGGGGCUCGUAAGGACAGAGAAUUCGUCAAAGAAAACAGUAUAUGUCGCUAAAAGUUGUCCUAUGACAAAGUGAAGCAUGAGGUUGUGGAGAC